CUCAUAAUUAAAAAUGGAAUCUUUCUCUCCCAAAGAAUAUAUUCAUCCAAAAGCACCAGUGCAUGCAAUUAAGAGCUCAGAAGCAUGGAGUCAGCUGACUGAUAAAGAAAAACUCUAUGCUUAUUACUUCUAUAAGGCAUGCUGGGAAGGAUCUAUGAUUUGUUGGUUCCAAAGAUCCUAUGAAGCUCCAGCUCUUUUCGUUCUUCUCAAGCUUGUAUUCACUCAAGACUUUGACGAACUCAAACAAGCAGCAUUAGAGAAGGUCACUGAAGACGAAUGGAAAGCGUUUCUUGCAUACUCAGCAGGUGUAUUCAACAACUGCGGAAAUUAUAGGAGUUUUGGAGAUACAAAAUUUGUUCCUCAGAUACCUGAGGAUAAGUUCUGGGAGAUUAUUCAAGCUUCCAAAAACUACUCCAUUUUUGAAAACGAGAUUACCAAUAUCUGGACUAAUAUUAACUUGGAGGUGUACAAUGAAGAUCCACCAUACUUUAAAAUUGGUUGGAGUAACAAUCAAGAAAACUCUUCGUACUAUUCCUCAAAUAUUACUAAGGAAGAAGCCACAAUGAUUGACAGUUUUAUGAAGGAGAACAAUAUUUCUCCCCUGAACACUAGGCUCAUUAAGACUUCAGAUGGAUUUGAGGUAAAGCUUGCUUCUACAAACAACCGUCUUGAGGAAGAACUCCCUUACUUGAAGAACUAUACUUACCAAGGGCAGAAGAUUAAGAUCACAAGAGGAGAUUUCAGCUGGGCAAUGAACGAAAUCGCUAAAAAUCUCAAACAAGCUAAAUUUUAUGCUGCUAAUGAUACUCAGAAGCAGAUGCUUGAUCAUUACGUCAAGAACUUCAUCUCAGGAGAUAUGAAUGCACACAAAGAUGCAAUGAAGGAAUGGAUUAAAGAUGUAGACCCAGCUAUUGAAACUAACAUAGGAUAUAUUGAGACCUAUCUAGAUCCACUUGGAGUUAGAGCUGAGUAUGAAGGAUUUGUAUCCAUCGUCAACAAAGAAACAAGCAAGCUCUUCUCCAAACUUGUUGAUAAUGCUGAAAAACUUAUUGAAUACCUUCCUUGGGGUAAAGACUUCGAGAAGGACAAAUUCAAUAAGCCUGAUUUUACCAGUCUCAAUGUUCUUGCCUUUGCCUGCUCAGGAACUCCCAUCGGAAUCAAUCUUCCAAAUUACGAUGAUAUCAGAGAAAAUCUUGGAUACAAAAAUGUUGAUCUUGGUAAUGUGUAUCCAAAGCCCACCUACGAGAAUAUCCAAUAUAUGGAAGGAGAAAUGAAAGAUCUGUACUACAAAUACUCAAACGAAUCUCUAACCCUAAUGGUUGCUCUUCAUGAGCUUCUUGGACAUGGAACUGGUAAACUUCUCACUCAAGAUGUUGACACUGGAAAGUUCAACUUUGAUCAAGAGAAGUUACUGAAUCCUUUCACUGGUGAGAAAAUCAGUACAUUUUACAAGUCCAAUGAAACAUGGAGUAGCAAGUUUGGAAAACUUCAUUCUGGAUAUGAAGAGUGUAGAGCAGAUACUGUUGCAUUAUACCUUGGACACUUUGAGGAGCCAUAUCAGAUCUUCUUCGCAGACAGAGAAGAUGAGUGGCUAGACAUUGAAUAUGUGAUGUGGCUAGACAUCAUCAGAGGAGCUCUUGUAGGACUCCAGUUCUAUGAUGAAGCAUCCCAACAGUGGGGGCAAGCUCAUAUUAUUGCUGGAUAUGUCAUCAUGAAAGUCCUUCACGAAGCAGGAGAUGUAUUCUCAGUUGAUUUCACAGAAAAAGAUGGAAAGGAAUACUUCAACAUCAAAUUUGAUAAAGAAAAUGUCAAAACAAAGUGUUUCGACGCUCUCAAGCCAUUCUUGAAAAAGUUGCAUAUCCUCAAAUCAAUGGGUGACUUUGAUGAGGCUGAAAAAUGGUUCAACGAAUAUUGCAAGGUAGAUGAUCAUUUCUUGAGAAUCAAGAGAAUAGUUGAGGCUAACAAGCUUCCUAGAAGACUCGAAAUCCAACCAAAUCUGUUGAUGUCAAGCUUCAACAAUGUUGAGUACAAGGACUACGAUCAGACACAUGAAGGAAUUGUCAGAUCUUAUGUAGAAAGGUUCCCUGAUGUAUUCUACAGUGAUGUUUACGAAGAAUGGGCUUCUACCAUCGACCUCUACAGAAUCAGCCAAUAAUAGAA